CCUUUCACUGCACCACGAUGAGUCUCGUGUAUAUAAAGAGCCUCGCCUCUGACCAACAGCCACAAGUACCAUCUCAUCUUCGUCUCAAUCUUGGCUCAUCUACUGUAGGUGUCACAAAUAGAUAUUAUGUAUUCUGUCAAGGUGACAGCUCUAAUCGCUCUCUGCGCAUGCGCGUGGGCUGCGCCACAGAGAGGUGGCGCGGGUGGCGCUGACAAAGACGCCACCAUUGUUUCACAGCAAUUGGAAGUUGGUUUUGAUGGAAAUUACGUGAACAACUUCGAGACUAGCAACGGAAUCAGUCACCAGGAAACAGGACAGCCGAAGCAAGUGGAUAAUGAAAACCCGGUCGUAGCCCAGGGCAGCGAGGGCUGGAGUGCUCCAGAUGGUCAGCAAAUAAGCUUAACGUGGACAGCCGACGAAAACGGCUUCCAAGCCCAAGGAUCGCACAUCCCAACGGCUCCACCAAUUCCUCCAGAAAUCCAACGCGCUCUGGAGUGGAACGCGGCCCAUCCUGAGCAAGAUAACGAAGGACAGGGCGGACCUCCAGCGCGACCUGCUCCAAGAGGUUAAUCUCGCACACCCCGUGCCCCAUUACAGUGAACUACUCAAUACACAUCGGCAAUCCUGUAUCCUGUGACCUACCGAAUAUCGUCAUAAAAUAACGCUAAUAACUGAGACCUGACGAAAUAACAAACAUCCAAGGAUGAUUAAAUAUACAUUUUUUUAUGAUGUAUUAAUUGUCAGUUUUUAUUUUUAAUACUAAGGAUUUUUUAUAACUUUUUGUAAGGUAGCGACACUUUUGUUAAUUAUUUUAAUUAUUAAUGUGUCGAUUAUUAAUCUUGUGAUUUUUUAUGUAAAUAAAAUUGAAUU